UUCAAAGCCGGAGCAAGACGUCGGACAUCAAAUAUGGCUCCAGUUACGAUGAAUACAGAACAGACUGAUGAUGGUGCAAGUCAAAACAACACAAUUGUCUUCAAUGCAUCCAAAAAAGAGCUAUUCACACCAACAAACGGCUUCAAAUCACUGGUUCGAAAACUAAGAACGAAUUGGAAAGUUGUUGUAAAUAAAGAUGACAUCACAUUGGAAAGGCUCAUGUAUGCAAGAUUGUUCAUUCUUGCUGGUCCGAGAGAAAAAAUAUCUGCCAAUGAGUUUGAGGCCAUAAAAAGUUAUCUCAACAACGGAGGGAAUAUCUUAGUGCUCCUUGGCGAAGGCGGUGAAAAUCGCUUUGGAACAAACAUCAACUUUUUGCUUGAAGAUUUUGGAAUCAUGGUUAAUAACGAUGCAGUUGUGAGGACUUCGUAUUACAAAUAUUUCCAUCCAAAGGAAGUCUAUGUCGCUAAUGGCAUCCUAAACAGGGAGAUCAAUCAAGCUGCAGGCAAACAGGUUCCUGGAGAUAUGGACAGUGAAGUUACAACUGCCUCUCUGUCUCUUAACUUUGUGUAUCCAUUUGGUGCUACAUUGAAUGUUGUCAAACCAGCCAUACCAGUUUUAUCAACUGGAACAGUGUCAUUACCAGUCAACAGACCUGUCUGUGCAUUCUAUAACAAGCGUGGUCAAGGGAAGCUAGUUGUUGUUGGGUCUGUGCACAUUUUCAGUGAUCAGUAUUUUGAUAAGGAAGAGAAUAGCAAAGUGCAGGAUGUUAUCUUUCAAUGGCUAACAACAAAUGACAUUAGAUUGAACAGCAUCGACGCUGAGGAUCCUGAGAUUUCCGAUUAUCAUUUUAUACCAGACACAUCAAAACUGGCAGAGAGACUUAAAGUUUGCUUGCAAGAAGGGGAAGAGGUCCCUAACGAUUUUUCAAAAAUGUUUGACAAGGAUCUUUUUAAGCUUGAUACGGCAAUUGUUCCAGAGGUUUUGAGAAGUUACGAAGAACUUCAUGUAAAGCAUGAACCUUUGCAACUUAUUCCACCACAAUUUGAAACGCCACUUCCACCGUUACAACCUGCGGUAUUUCCACCAACAUUUCGUGAACUACCUGGACCUUCGCUGGAGCUGUUUGAUCUAGACGAUAAUUUCUCCUCUGAAAAAGUGCGCAUUGCUCAAGUCACUAAUAAAUGUUCUGAGGAGGAUAUGGAGUAUUAUGUUCGUGAAUGCGGUGAGAUCUUGGGCGUUACCAACAAGUUGCCUGCUGAUGCAAGAGAUGCAAAACAUAUCCUAGAAUAUGUACUAGCACAAGUUGCAGAGUUCAAGAAACUGAACCAGGAACCAAAUGAUGUCAUUUCUGGCACAUAAGUUGAAGAUUUUUGUCACCUCAAAGUACUUCGUAUCCGCAAGGUAUAAAAUCAAAAACUGCAAAGCAGAUAUUGUGCAAUUUGUGCUGUCCCAAAAGUU